CCAACAACUUGCGCCGACUCUGUUGGGUCCUGACAAGCUUUGCGUCGGUGCACACGGUCUGUUUGUUUGCAUCUUGGACGUGGAGUCUGCACCGGUACCUCGGACACCACCCAACGCAACGUAGACGAAACAUGAAAUCAGGCGAUGCGAUGCGACCAGUGGCACUUGUCCUUCCCCUGGUACCAGCGGUGGAGAGGCACAGGAGCUAACCCAUCGCGUUACGGCACAGCUAAUUGGGUUCACUUUGCGCGCGGAACAAGAGAAAGCUACACUACAGGACGAGUACACCGUUGGAAGCGGUGGGUUACACACAAGCGAGAACAGGCACGACUCUAGGUAGCAAUUCGCCUCUUUGGGCCAGAACGCCAUCGGAAAGCAGGUACCGAGGGACUCAGCUCCAGCAUUGAUUGCAGACAGCUAUCACAGAGCCAAAUUGCCAUCUGAGCGUCGAAGGAUAAACAAUCAUAUCGUCAUAUCGACUUUCAUGUUAUACUGUCAACAAAGGCGAGGGUCAACAAAGUGACAGGCUUCAUCAGCAGUGGCCCGCGAUGAGAUGACAACGACAGCCGGCGAGCAGGCCAGGGGCAGCUCUGAUGGGUCGGUGUUUCUGGUUAAAAACCACUUAUUUCGUCGCACCACCCAAUGACUAGGCCGGUCGGCUGAUGAGGCUGCAUCGGUGGAUCGCGCUAUACGACGCUACCCCUGACAGGGCCACAGCUGCCGAAAUGCUUCCAUCUCCCGCUCCACCAACGCCCAAACACCAUCAACGCUAGAGGGCCACUCUAAUUUCCAACACCUCAUAUAUCAAGGCCGCAUGCUCGCCAUGGUCUCGUCCUUUCUUCAUUCUGCAUCCUUCAGAUCGAACUCCAACUUCCAGUCGCUCGCUAGCAACUCAAACAACUCAGGUCUUCGUACCACGACACUCGUUUCAAACUUCAAAUCCAAUCCCCGCAAAUCUACCAGUUUUCUAAUUCAGAAACUACUACUCCAACCAUCAAAAUGAAGUACACCGCUACCCUCGCUGCCGUCGCGGCUUUCGCUGUCUCAGCCAACGCUGGUGUCGUUGCCACCACCACCACCGUGAACGCGUGGGAAGACUGGACCUCGACCACCACCACCACCACCACCACCACCACCAAGACUACGACCACCACCGUCCCGGUCAAGCCUGCUACCACCACCACCGUGAACGCGUGGGAAGACUGGACCUCCACCACUACCACCACCACCCCCGUUAAGCCGGCCACCACCACCAGCGCCGAGGGUGUCUGGGGUGACUGGACCACCACCUCAGUUCCUGCCAGCUGGACCACCGCUGUUGUCUCAACCAUCACCACGUAUGUGCCAGGCCCAACCAACAUUGUCCAUGCCGGCAAGACCUACUCUUGCACUGGCGCAACCACCCUGACCAUCACUGAUUGCCCCUGCACCAUCUCCGUCCCCGUCUGGACCAAGACCGCCACCUCUUGCAGCACCCCUGCUGCGGCUGUCACCACCUGGACCAAGCCUGCCGGUGAGGCCUCGUGGUCCAAGCCAGUUGCUCCUGCUGAGACCAGCACCGCCCCUGCUGCCCCAGUCUGGACCUACGCUCCAUCAUCCGCCAACCCAGUUGCCCCAGCCACCUACACUGGUGCUGCCAACGCCCUCAACGUUGGUGCUGGUCUUGCUGGUGUCGGUGCCAUCGCCGCUUUCCUCCUGUAAAUGGUGGAUUGCUAGAGGUUCUCGGCAUGAGCUGGUCGCUCGCGUCCAGUGUCUAGUCGGGAGCUCCUGCAUUUGCUUCUUCAACGUUUUCUGAGCCCCGAGAGCAACGAUACGGUUGGGCGCUUCUGAUCGCAGCACGCGACAUUUCAGGCGGCAUGUUUUAUGGUGGGACAUGACGACUUCAUUUGACAAGUUUGUUUGCAUGCUUCAGCCGGCGCAACUUUUAGAUGACCGAUCUUCACUUUUGUCGUUGUUGGAUUAUGGCAGACCCUUCCUGUACCUUCACCGGUAUAGAAGGGUCUUCAUGACAGAUUCUUCGGGUUUUGGUAUUAUCUUAAUGAAUGGAAAUCUUUUUGAGGCUAUCUAGCAUUGUACGCGAGUUCUUGGGAUCCAAAAGAAAUGUGAAUCUUUGUGCAUACCACUGAAAUCGUCAAUAUCUUGUUUCCUUUGCAGUCUUUGUACUUAGAAACACAUUAUCUUAGGACUCCGAGAAUCAGUAUACAAUUGAUUUUUCCCUCUACUAUGAGCCGCAUGUUCAUGUCUACCACAUGUUUGUGUACAUGGUCAAAGCUUAGCGAGAGCUAUUUUCCGUGACAGUUCAUCGGCAGCUUGUCGUGAUGAAUGACAGGUGGAUUUGGUAA